AUGGCCAUGGAGGUUCUCAAAACGCACGACCACAUCUUAGCGGGGCGGACGGUGGUAGAAUUCGCCAAAUCCCUUUCCCAUCACAAGUCUUCCCUAAUUUGGGGAGAAUACAGAGCUCAGUGGCGCAAUCUCAGACGCAUUUCAACCGUUGAGCUUUUCAGCCCUAAAAGAAUGGAAGCUCUGGAACAUCUCAGAAGAGAUGAGGUAUUUCACACAGUUCGACUACUUUAUGAGGACAAGGGAAAGGUCGUGGAUAUCGGGCAGACGGUGUUCUGCACCCCUCUAAAUUUGUUAGGCAAAAUGAUCUUCAGCACUAGCGUCUUUGAUCCCAACAAUCCAGAGUCUGCGAGACUCAAAAAUUCCUUCGGGGAGAUGGCGAAGCUAGGUGGAAAGCCCAAUUUGUCUGACCUAUCUCCGUUUCCGAGAUUCCUCGACCCCCAGGGUGUUUUCCGGGAGACGGCCAAGCAUUUGAAAGGUGUAUGA